AUGAGGCAGUGUGAUCAUGGAUACAGAGAAUGGAGUGAUGCGGCCACAAGACGAAAAAUGCCAGCAGCCACCAGAAACUCGAAGAGACAAGGCUCUGACGAACAUGUUAACAAUCACAUGCCAUCAUCGAAGACCAAAUGUAGUCGGAAGUUUGAGACACUGUACUCAAAGUUACACACUUUUUCCACAAUAUUUGAAAAGGCACAAUAUGCUACAGUGGAAAACGACACAGCUAAAAGUAAAGAGUACUAUCCUGUCUUUAAUUGGUGGAAUGCAUGUAGACAGCUUGGUGGUCAAUGUAAAAAUAAAUGUGGUGAUAAAGAAUUUGGGAUGUCAUACUGUGCAAGACCUACAACUCAUUGCUGCUUGAAAGAAUGUGACCCUAUGGAGUAACUGAAGAGACCCAUUCACAACAAGAGGACCAACAUUAACUAAGUUUUCUCAUUACUUCAUUAUUUCUAUUACUUCAUUCACAGCCUAGUAUUUCUGUCCAUACAUGUCUCUAAUAAAUAAA